AUGCAAAUGACUCAGUAUUUGCCUGAUAAUCUUUUGGCACUUUUCGAAGCUCGACCACCUUUACCUUAUAAACCACCUCCCGAUGAAUUACUUAUCGAUCGAAAACGACCAAAAAUGACCGGUGUUGGGCAAUAUGUACACCUUUUUGAAGACUUCAAAGAUACACCGCCAAAACCGAUUUUUGAAACCAAAGAAGAACGUCGAGCUAGAAGGCGCAAGGAGAAGGAGGAAUUACUUGCUUAUAAAAUUGAACAAGGAAUUGCUACGUGGAACCCAACAGAAAAUACCCACGCAACUUCCGAUCCUUACAAAACUCUUUUUAUUGCACGAAUUAAUUACGAAACUUCUGAAUCAAAAUUGAGGAGAGAAUUUGAACAGUUCGGAAAAAUUCAGAAGUUAAUAUUGGUUCACAACAAAAAUGGCAAACCUAGGGGAUAUGCAUUCAUCGAGUAUCAACAUAAAGAAUCUAUGUCAGAAAUAUAG